UUAAAAAAACAACGACGACUGCAGGUUCCACCCUUGUCCUUCCUUUUUCCCUUGGAAUGAAUCAUCAAAGUCACUACCUUGACGUGAAAGGAAGAAAAACCAAAACCCCCAAAAUUCUCAAAAGUCAUGGACUAAUUUUCACGAGAAAAACCUAACCACCACCACCACCACCACCACCAAAAUGUCCUUUCAGUCACCGGAAUCUUCACCUUCCUCGAUCCUUCUAGAGGACUUCGGUCAAAAAGUCGACUUAACACGCCGUAUCCGAGAAGUCCUCUUAAACUACCCCGAAGGCACCACAGUCCUCAAAGAACUAAUCCAAAACGCCGACGAUGCCGGCGCUACCGUGGUCCGUCUCUGCCUCGACCGGCGCCGCCACUCUACCACCUCACUCCUCUCUCCUUCUCUCUCUGCAUUCCAAGGCCCGGCCCUCCUCUCCUACAAUGACGCCGUCUUCACCGAAGAGGAUUUCACUUCGAUUUCGCGUAUCGGAGGUAGUGUUAAGCACAAUCAAGCUACUAAGACGGGCCGGUUUGGUGUUGGUUUCAAUUCUGUCUAUCAUUUGACCGAUUUGCCCUCCUUUGUCAGUGGGAAUUACAUUGUCAUGUUUGAUCCUCAAGGUGUUCAUUUGCCCAAUGUUAAUUCUUCCAAUCCUGGUAAACGUAUUGAUUUUGUAAGCACUAAAGCGAUGUCAUUUUAUAGAGAUCAGUUUGAGCCUUAUGUCGUCUUUGGUUGUGAUAUGGAGAAUCGGUUUUCGGGUUCGUUGUUUCGGUUCCCGUUGCGGGAUUCGAAUCAAGCGAAAGAAAGCAAGUUGUCAAGGCAGUCGUAUGUCGAAAAUGAUGUGGUUUUGAUGUUCGAACAGUUGUAUAAAGAAGGGGUGUUUUCGUUGUUGUUUUUAAAGAAUGUUUUGAGUGUUGAAAUGUUUGUUUGGGACGAGGGAGAUGUGGGGCAGAGGAAAUUGUAUUCAUGUCGUGUUGGGAAUCUGAGUGAUGAGGUUGUGUGGCAUCGGAAGGCAAUUAUGAGAAUGUCCAAGGAAAUGGACGGUGGUGGACAGGGGGACGUGAUGAAGGAUGGGUAUUUAGUGGAGUUUGAGAGUGAGGAGGUUGUUGGUGAUGGCGGGAGUGAAGUGAAGAAGAGGAGUGAUAGGUUUUAUGUUGUUCAAAGUAUGGGGUCAGCGAAGAGCAGGAUUGGAGAAUUUGCAGCUACUGCAUCGAAAGAUUAUGAUAUUCAUUUGUUGCCGUGGGCGUCUGUUGCUGCUUGCUUGACUGAUGGUUUGUCUGAUAAUGAUGAGCUGAAGCUGGGUCAGGCAUUCUGUUUUCUUCCACUCCCUGUAAGAACUGGAUUGAAUGUGCAAGUUAAUGGAUAUUUUGAGGUUUCUUCAAACCGUCGUGGCAUUUGGUAUGGAGCUGACAUGGACAGAAGUGGUAAAAUUCGUUCCAUCUGGAAUAGGCUUCUUUUAGAAGAUGUCGUGGCUCCUGCUUUUAGAUAUUUGCUGCUUGGUGUGCAACAAUUACUAGGAUCGACUGAUUCUUACUACUCUCUAUGGCCCACUGGUCCUUUUGAGGAGCCAUGGAGCAUUUUAGUUGAGCAUAUAUACAAGAGAAUUGGUGAUGCACCAGUUUUGCAUUCAGAUGUUGAAGGAGGACAGUGGGUGACUCCUGUUGAAGCCUUCCUUCAUGAUGAAGAGUUCCCUAAAAGCAAGGAACUUGGUGAGGCCCUUCUGCAGCUAGGAAUGCCUGUUGUCCGUUUGCCCAAUGUCUUGUUUAAUAUGAUUCUGAAAUAUGCUUCAGCUUUUCAGCAGAAAGUGGUUACUCCUGAUACAGUGCGCGAUUUUCUUAGGCAGUGCAAGAUUGUUGGGUCGUUGAACAAGUCUUACAGGCUUGUAUUGUUGGAAUAUUGUCUCGAAGACUUAAUUGACGCUGAUGUUGGUAAGAAUGCAAGCAAUUUGCCACUGCUUCCUUUGGCAAAUGGUGACUUUGGGUUACUGUCUGAAGCUUCUAAAGGGAGCUUGUUUUUCAUUUGCAGUGAUUUAGAGUGCAUGCUACUUGAACGAAUUUCCGAUAAAAUAAUUGAUCGUGAUAUUCCUCCUAACUUGCUUCACAGACUUUCCGCCAUUGCAAAGUCAUCAAAAUCAAAUCUUGCUAUAUUCAGCAUUCAGUAUUUUCUCAAGUUUUUCCCUAAUUUCUUACCAGCCUCUUGGAGAUAUAAAAGCAAGGUUUUGUGGAACCCAGAGUCUUCUCACGAUCAUCCAACAUCAUCAUGGCUUGAGCUGUUUUGGCAAUAUCUCCGAAAUCAUUGUGAAAAAUUAUCCUUGUUUGGAGAUUGGCCAAUCUUGCCAUCCACAACUGGACAUCUGUACAGGCCUUCUAGACAGUCGAAACUAAUUAAUGCAGAUAAACUUCCUGUUUUUAUCCGAGACAUCCUUGUUAAGAUUGAAUGCAAGAUACUCAAUCCUGCUUAUGGAGUUGAACAUCCAGAUUUGUCGCUUUAUGUGUGUGAUGCUGAUUGUGCAGGGGUAGUGGAAUCAAUUUUUGAUGUUGUGUCUUCAGCUGGUGGCAUAGCACGAACUUCAUUUGACAAUUUGAGCCCCGAAGACAGAGAUGAGCUUCGUGGGUUUCUUCUUGCUCCAAAGUGGUACAUGGGAGAUUGCAUUGAUGGAUUCAUCAUAAGGAAUUGUAGGAGGCUUCCCAUUUAUAGAGUUCAUGGUGAAGGACCUGUUGAAGGUGCCAUUUUCUCUGAUUUAGAAAAUCCUCAAAAGUACUUACCUCCUUUAGAAGUUCCUGAUAAUUUUUUGGGCCAUGAGUUUAUUGCAAGCUCCUCAAAUAUUGAAGAAGAUAUUUUGUUAAGGUAUUAUGGAGUUGAGAAAAUGGGGAAGGCACCCUUCUACCGGCAGCAGGUGUUCAAUAAUGUUAGAAUCUUGCAACCUGAAGUUCGAGACAGAACCAUGCUUUCUGUUCUGCAAAAUUUGCCACAGCUUUGCGUUGAGGAUGCAUCUUUCAGGGAAUGUUUGAGAAAUUUGGAAUUUGUGCCAACAUUUAGUGGUACUCUGAAGCAUCCUUCAGUGCUAUAUGAUCCUCGUAAUGAAGAGUUAUGGGAUUUAUUAGAAGAAUCUGAUAGUUUCCCUUGUGGUGCUUUCCAAGAACCUAACAUUUUGGACAUGCUACAUGGUUUGGGUCUCAGAACAACUGCUUCUCCUGAGACAGUAAUAGAAAGUGCUCGACAAGUGGAACGACUAAUGCAUGAGGAUCAGCAAAAAGCACAUUCUAGAGGCAAAGUGCUUCUAUCCUACUUGGAAGUAAAUGCAAUGAAGUGGCUUCCCAACCAAUUAAAUGAUGAUGACAGAACUGUGAACAGAAUUUUUUCACGAGCUGCAACUGCAUUUAGGCCUCGUGGCUUGAAAUCUGACCUUGAAAAGUUCUGGAAUGAUCUGCGGAUGAUUUGUUGGUGUCCAGUAAUGGUUACUGCUCCGUUCAAAACUUUACCAUGGCCUAUUGUGAGAUCCAUGGUUGCUCCUCCAAAGCUUGUAAGAUUACAGGCAGACUUAUGGCUUGUUUCAGCUAGCAUGAGGAUACUGGAUGGAGAAUGCUCUUCCACUGCAUUAUCAUACAAUCUCGGAUGGUUAUCUCCACCUGGAGGCAGUGCAAUUGCUGCCCAGUUACUAGAGCUUGGAAAGAACAAUGAGAUUGUGAAUGAUCAGGUGCUCCGGCAGGAAUUAGCCUUGGAAAUGCCAAAAAUAUACUCAAUAAUGACAAGCUUGAUUGGUUCGGAUGAGAUGGAUAUUGUGAAGGCUGUUCUAGAAGGAUCUCGUUGGAUAUGGGUGGGAGAUGGUUUUGCUACUGCAGAUGAGGUUGUUCUCGAUGGUCCUCUUCACUUGGCUCCUUAUAUACGUGUUAUACCCAUGGAUCUGGCUGUUUUCAAAGAAUUAUUUUUGGAGCUCAACAUUCGAGAAUAUUUUAAGCCCAUGGAUUAUGCAAAUAUUUUGGGCAGAAUGGCUAUGAGAAAAGGUUCCUCUCCUCUGGAUACACAGGAAAUUAGGGCAGCCAUACUGAUUGUUCAGCAUCUGGCUGAAGUCCAGUUUCAUGAACAAGUCAAGAUCUAUUUACCAGAUGUUUCAGGAAGACUAUUCCCUGCCACAGAUCUAGUUUAUAACGAUGCCCCCUGGUUGCUUGGCUCAGAUAAUUCUGACAGUUCAUUUGGUGGUGCAUCUACUGUGGCCUUACAUGCAAAGAGAGCAGUUCAUAAAUUUGUCCAUGGGAACAUCUCUAAUGAAGUAGCUGAGAAGCUCGGUGUGUGCUCACUUCGUAGGAUCUUGCUUGCAGAGAGUUCUGAUUCAAUGAACUUGAGUUUAUCUGGUGCUGCUGAAGCCUUUGGACAGCAUGAGGCGUUAACAACAAGACUUAAACAUAUACUUGAGAUGUAUGCUGAUGGACCUGGGAUUCUUUUCGAGCUGGUUCAGAAUGCUGAGGACGCUGGAGCUUCUGAGGUGAUAUUUCUUUUGGAUAAAACUCAGUAUGGUUCUUCAUCUGUUCUGUCUCCUGAAAUGGCUGAUUGGCAAGGUCCUGCAUUGUAUUGUUUCAACAACUCAGUGUUCAGUUCACAAGAUCUUUAUGCAAUCUCGCGUAUUGGUCAAGAAAGCAAACUAGAAAAACCUUUUGCAAUUGGACGAUUUGGACUUGGAUUUAAUUGUGUCUAUCACUUUACAGAUAUUCCAACAUUUGUUUCUGGGGAAAAUGUUGUUAUGUUUGAUCCUCAUGCCUGUAAUUUACCUGGCAUUUCUCCUUCACACCCUGGUUUACGAAUUAAGUUCACUGGGAGAAAGAUCUUGGAACAAUUUCCAGAUCAGUUUUCUCCAUUUCUACACUUUGGAUGUGAUUUGCAGCAUCCAUUUCCAGGCACCCUCUUCCGUUUCCCCCUUAGGAGCUCUACUGUUGCUAGGCGUAGUCUGAUAAAGAAAGAAGGAUAUACACCAGAAGAUGUCAUGUCCCUCUUUGCUUCUUUCUCUGGGGUUGUUUCUGAUGCUUUGCUUUUUCUACGCAAUGUGAAAAAUAUCUCCCUUUUUGUGAAGGAAGGGAAUGGUUCUGAAAUGCAACUCCUACAUCGUGUGCAACGAAAUUGCAUAACUGAGCCUGAAAUGGAACCAGGUGCUGUGAAUAACAUGUUUAGCUUUGUCAAUGGAAGUCAGUAUAGUGGACUGGAUAAAGAUCAGUUGCUGAAAAUAUUGAGCAAGUCUGUGGAUAAAAAUCUGCCCCACAAAUGUCAGAAGAUUGUGGUGACAGAGAAAAAUUCAUCUGGUGUCAUUUCUCAUUGCUGGAUAACUGGUGAAUGCUUAGGCAGUGUUCGUGCUAAGAGCUUCUCUGCAGUUGCUAAUGAUUCUCAUGAAUCAAUUCCCUGGGCUUCUGUUGCUGCUUAUAUACACUCUGUCAAGGUGGUGGAUGGGGAAUUAAGUGACAUCUCAAACAUUGAGGGUGCUUGUACUUCUGAAACGUUUCAAGUUUCUACAACUUCCAUUGAAAAUAGGAAGAAUUUUGAAGGCCGUGCCUUCUGCUUUCUGCCACUUCCUAUCAGUACUGGUCUUCCAGCUCAUAUUAAUUCCUACUUUGCAUUGUCAUCCAACAGGAGGGACAUCUGGUUUGGUAAUGACAUGGCAGGGGGUGGAAAAAAAAGAUCAGACUGGAAUAUUUACCUUCUUGAAGAUGUUGCUGCCCCUGCUUAUGGUUACUUGCUAGAAAAAAUUGCAUCAGAGAUUGGCCCAUGUGAUUUAUUUUUUUCAUUUUGGCCAAUGGAAACAGGAUUGGAACCUUGGGCAUCAAUGGUGCGGAAGCUAUACAAUUUUAUUGCUGAAUCUGGUCUUCGUGUAUUGUUUACUAAAGCUAGAGAAGGCCAGUGGAUAUCAGCCAAACAAGCACUGUUUCCUGAUUUUACAUUUCAUAAGGUACAUGAGCUUGUAGAAGCAUUAUCAGAUGCUGGUCUACCUCUGGUGAGUGUUUCCCAGCCACUUGUAGAGCAAUUCAUGGAGGCCUGCUCAUCAUUGAAAUUUCUGACCCCUCAGUUUUUAAUGACUCUGCUGAUUCGGCGGAGACGUGGAUUCAAGGACAGAGGUGGCAUGAUUGUGACCCUUGAAUAUUGUUUACUUGAUUUACAAGUUCCUGUGCAGGUUGAUAUUUUGUAUGGCUUACCACUAUUACCUCUAUCUGAUGGUUCAUUUGCUACAUUUGAAAAGAAUGGGACUGGUGAAAGAAUUUAUAUUGCCCGGGGGGGUGAAUAUGGUCUCCUCAAGGAUUCAGUUCCCCACCAACUUGUGGAUCUUGAAAUUCCAGAAGCUGUUUUCGGAAAGUUAUGUGAUUUAGCUGAGAGCAAGAAGUCAAAUAUUUCUUUUUUGUCUUGCAGUUUGCUUGAGAAACUGUUUUUGAAAUUACUUCCAGCAGAAUGGCAGCUCUCUAGUAAGGUUGUUUGGACUCCUGGUCAUCAGGGCCACCCGAGUUUAGAAUGGAUGAGAUUGUUGUGGAGCUAUCUGAAUUCAUGUUGUGAUGACCUCUUAAUAUUUGCAAAGUGGCCAAUAUUGCCAGUUGGAGACAAUAUUCUUUUGCAGUUAGUUCCAAAUUCAAAGGUGGUCAAAGAUGAUGGGUGGAGUGAGAACAUGUUGUCUUUGUUAUUAAAAGUAGGAUGUCUCUUCUUGAGGCAUGACUUAACAAUAGAACAUCCAAAGCUGGAAAAUUUUGUACAGCCCCCAACAGCAGCAGGCAUCUUAAAUGCAUUUCUGGCACUUGCCGGUAAACCAGAGAACAUUGAGGGGCUUUUUAGUGAUGCAUCAGAAGGGGAGCUGCAUGAAUUACGGAGUUUUGUUCUCCAGUCCAAGUGGUUCUCUGAAGAGAGCAUGACUGACAUCCAUAUUGAAAUCAUUAAACAUCUUCCUAUGUUCGAGGCAUACAAAAGUAGAAAACUUGUUAGUCUGUGCAAACCUAACCAAUGGCUUAAACCAGAUGCUGUUCGGGAUGAUCUCUUGGAUGAUGAUUUUGUUCGUGCUGAUUCUGAGAGAGAGAGAAUUAUUCUAAGAAGGUAUUUAGAGAUCAAAGAGCCUUCAAGAGUGGAAUUUUACAAAGUUUAUGUACUCAAUCGAAUGUCAGAAUUUAUCUCAUGUCAGGGGGCUCUUACAGCUAUUCUACAUGAUGUGAAGCUUUUGAUUGAAGAUGAUAUUUCCAUCAAAUCUGCACUUUCCAUGACACCUUUUGUUUUGGCAGCCAAUGGAUCAUGGCAACAGCCAUCAAGGCUUUAUGAUCCUCGUAUUCCCCAUCUACGAAAGGUGCUUCAUAGAGAAGCAUUUUUUCCUUCUAAUGAAUUCUCAGAUCCUGAAACACUGGAGACCCUAGUUAAACUUGGACUUAAAAAGAAUCUGGGUUUUACUGGUUUUCUUGAUUGUGCUAGAUCGGUUUCAAUGUUGCAUGAAUCUAGGGACUCGGAAACAGUGAGUUAUGGAAGGAAGUUGGUUGCCCUUUUGGAUGCUCUUGCACAUAAGCUCUUGGCUGAGGAGGGAGAAUGCAACCGCAAUGAAUUGCAGAAAACUGUUUUAUGUCAGAAUAGCAGCGAUUGGAACAGUGAUCUUGCGUAUCUUGACUCUCCUGGGAGAGAUAAGGAUCAGUUUAUAGAUGACCUGGAGAUUGACUAUUUCUUAGCCAACUUGAGUGAUGAUAAAACAGAAGAAGAAUUCUGGUCUGAAAUGAAGGCCAUAUCUUGGUGCCCUGUUUGUGUUCAUCCACCUCUACAAGGAUUACCAUGGUUAAAUUCUAAUAGCCAAGUAGCAUCACCGAGCAACGUGAGACCUAAAUCUCAAAUGUGGGUAGUGUCCUGCACAAUGCAUGUACUAGAUGGUGAUUGCGACUCCCUGUAUCUACAACACAAACUUGGUUGGAUGGAUUGUCCUGGCAUAAAUGUUUUAACUAUGCAAUUGACUGAGCUAUCCAAGUCCUAUGAGCAGCUUAAGCUGGGGUCUUCUAUAGGACCUGAUUUUAAUGAUGCAGUGCAGAGUGGAAUUCUGGCACUUUAUUCCAGAUUACAAGAAUAUGUUGGUACUGAUGAUUUCACACUGAUGAAAUCAGCUCUUAGCGGUGUUUCUUGGGUUUGGAUCGGUGAUGACUUUGUACCCCCAGACGUACUUGCAUUUGAUUCACCAGUUAAAUUUACCCCAUAUUUGUAUGUUGUCCCAUCAGAGAUAUCAGAUUUUAGAGAAUUGCUCUUGGGAUUAGGUGUGAGACUCAGUUUUGAUAUUUGGGAUUACUUUCAUGUGCUGCAGCGCUUACAAAAUAAUGUGAAAGGCUUUCCCCUAUCAACUGAUCAGCUAAGUUUUGUCCAUCGUGUCCUUGAAGCUGUCGCAGACUGUUUCUCAGACAAGCCAAUGUUUGAGGCUUCUAAUUCAGCAUUGCUGAUUCCAGAUUCUUCCGGAGUUCUGAUGUGUGCUGGGGAUCUUGUUUACAAUGAUGCACCAUGGAUAGAAAACAACACUCUGAUUGAGAAGCAUUUUGUACAUCCAAGCAUCAGCAAUGAUCUGGCAAACAGACUAGGGGUGAAAUCACUUCGAUGCCUCUCUUUGGUAGAUGAUGAUAUGACUAAAGAUCUGCCAUGCAUGGACUUCGCUAAAUUAAAUGAACUUUUAGCAUUGUAUGGAAACAAUGAUUUCUUGUUGUUUGAUCUUCUUGAGGUGGCAGAUUGCUGCAAAGCUAAAAAGCUACACUUGAUCUUUGACAAGAGGGAACAUCCUCGGAACUCUUUGCUGCAGCACAAUUUAGGUGAAUUUCAAGGGCCUGCUCUAGUUGCCAUUUUGGAAGGCGUCAGCUUGAAUAGAGAGGAAGUAGGCAGCCUCCAGCUUCUCCCUCCAUGGAGACUUCGGGGUGAUACAGUUAAUUAUGGGCUGGGACUUCUUAGCUGUUACUUUAUAUCUAAUCUUCUGUCCAUUAUUUCUGGGGGCUACUUUUACAUGUUUGAUCCUUGUGGUCUGGCACUUGGUGCCCCUUCAAGUCAUGCUCCAGCUGCAAAAAUGUUUUCUUUGGCAGGUACUAAUUUGACCGAGCGUUUUUGUGAUCAAUUUAAACCUAUGUUAAUUGGUGAAGGCAUGCCAUGGUCAUCAUUAGAUUCUACCAUUAUCCGCAUGCCUCUAUCAUCAGAAUGCCUUAGGGAUGGACUUGAACUGGGAUUGAAGAGAGUAAAGCAAAUAUGUGAUCGAUUUAUGGAGCACGCAUCCAGAACACUUAUUUUCUUAAAGUCAGUUUUGGAGGUUUCUCUCUACACAUGGGAUGAAGGCCGUGCCAAACCUUGCCAGGACUAUUCAGUUUCUGUUGAUUUAUCAUCUGCUACCAUGAGGAAUCCAUUUUCGGAAAAGAAGUGGAGGAAAUUUCAAUUAUCAAGGUUAUUUAGUAGCUCAAAUGCUGCGGUUAAACUGCAUGUGAUAGAUGUCAGUUUAUACCAAGGAUCUGCUACAGUUGUUGAUCGAUGGCUUGUUGUGCUUAGCCUGGGUUCCGGGCAAACAAGAAAUAUGGCUCUUGAUAGGCGAUAUCUUGCAUACAACUUGACUCCCGUUGCGGGAGUUGCAGCACAUAUUUCAAGAGAUGGAUGUCCUGGUGAUCUAUAUCCAAAGAGCUCUGUCAUGUCCCCUCUUCCUUUAUCUGGCAGUAUAGCACUACCUGUCACUGUCCUUGGAUGUUUCCUUGUGCGUCAUAAUAGUGGUCGUUCUCUCUUUAAGUACCAGAAGAAGGUAGCUUCAGAAGCACAGGUUGACGCUGGAGAUCAGUUGAUUGAAGCUUGGAACAAAGAAUUGAUGUCUUGUGUUCGUGAUUCCUACAUUGAAAUGGUGGUGGAAAUGCAAAAAAUAAGAAAAGAUCCUUUGACUUCAGCUAUUGAAUCAAGUGCAGGUUGUGCAGUUUCUUUGUCUUUGAAGGCAUAUGGCGAUCUAAUAUAUUCCUUCUGGCCAAGGUCUACUGGGCUUGCGAUGGUUAAUCAACCUGGAGAAGCCUUAGUAUCGACAGAAGUGCCUAAAGCAGAUUGGGGAUGCCUGAUUGAAGAAGUAAUAAGGCCAUUCUAUGCUCGGGUUGCUGAUCUUCCUUUGUGGCAGCUGUACACAGGAAACCUGGUUAAGAGUGGAGAGGGUAUGUUUCUUUCACAGCCUGGGAAUGGUGUGGGUGGUAGUUUACUUCCAGCUACUGUGUGUGGCUUUGUGAAGGAACAUUAUCCAGUGUUUUCUGUACCAUGGGAGUUGGUGACAGAAAUUCAGGCAGUGGGGGUUACAGUUCGAGAAAUAAAACCUAAAAUGGUUAGGGAUCUUCUUAAGAUGUCAUCAACUUCUAUUGUUCUUCGAUCAGUUGAUACCUACGUGGAUGUUCUUGAGUACUGCUUAUCUGAUAUCGAGUUUCCAGGAUCAUCUGGUUUUGAUAGAGAUGAUGCAACACUGAACUCUCUCAACUCCAGUACCAUGCAUAGAGCAAGUAGUGAAGCAAGCAGUAGUUUUGCUUCAUCAUCAUUGCCUAAUCUACGGGGUUUUCAUGGCUCAUCUGCUCAGAGUGCAGACAGUUCAGGAGAUGCUCUUGAAAUGGUGACAAGUUUGGGGAAGGCUUUAUUUGAUUUUGGCCGGGGAGUUGUUGAAGAUAUUGGUAGGGCUGGAGGGCCUUUAAUUCAGCGGAAUGCCAUUUUAGAUGGCAUUGGUGCAAAUGUAGAUCCAAAGAUUCUAUCAAUAGCUGCUGAGCUUAAAGGGUUACCGUGCCCAACUGCAACUAAUCAUUUAACUAGGUUCGGGGUAACUGAGCUUUGGUUUGGGAACAAGGAUCAACAGGCGUUGAUGAUGUCUUUGGCAGCAAAGUUCAUCCAUCCAAAAGUACUGGAUAGAUCUUUACUGUUUGAUAUAUUCUCAAGAAAUGCCAUACAAACAUUAUUAAGACUGAAGAGUUUCUCUCUCCACUUACUGGCAAGUCAUAUGAAAUUACUUUUUCAUGAGAACUGGGUGAAUAAUGUAACGGGGUCAAAUAUGGUUCCAUGGUUUUCAUGGGAGAGUACUUCGAGUUCUGGUGGUGAAGGGGGUCCUUCUCAUGAAUGGUUAAGGUUGUUUUGGAAGUGUUUUGGUGCGUCUUCGGGAGACCUCUCACUCUUUUCUGAUUGGCCUCUAAUUCCUGCUUUUCUUGGGAGGCCCAUCUUAUGCCGUGUAAAGGAGCGUCAUCUGGUCUUCGUUCCUCCCAUUAAACAAACAUCAUCUGGAAAUAGUGUUGUGGAUGCAGGUAGCACAGGAAGUGAUAUGACUGGAUUGUCCACAAAUCAUACCCCUGAAUCUGAAUCUGAAUCAGUCCAGUCUUACAUUGCUGCUUUUGAAGUUGCCAAAAAUAGGUAUCCUUGGCUGUUGUCACUGUUGAACCAGUGCAACGUACCUAUUUUUGACACUGCUUUCAUAGACUGUGCUGUUUCAUGCAAUUGUCUCCCUGCAUCUAGUCAGUCCUUGGGAGAAGUGGUUGCUUCCAAGCUUGUUGCAGCAAAACAUGCUGGCUAUUUCCCUGAACUUGCAUCAUUUUCAGCUUCAGAUAGUGAUAAACUUGUUACUUUUUUUGCUCAGGAUUUCCUUUAUAAUGGUUCUACGUACAGAGCUGAAGAACUUGAAGUACUGUGUGGUUUGCCUAUAUAUAAAACAGUUGUGGGAUCCUAUACACGAUUGCAUGCCCAAGAUCACUGUAUGAUCUCUUCUAGCUCAUUCCUUAAGCCAUCUGAUGAGCGUUGUCUCUCGUAUUCAACAGAUUCAAUUGAGUGUUCAUUAUUACGGGCUCUUGGGGUUCCUGAAUUGCAUGAUCAACAGAUUUUGAUGAGGUUCGGACUGCCGGAUUUUGAAGGCAAACCUCAGUCCGAACAGGAGGAUAUAUUAAUAUAUCUUUACACAAAUUGGCAAGACCUCCAAGCAGAUUCUUCUUUACUAGAAGUUUUGAAGGACACCAAGUUUGUUAGGAAUGCAGAUGAAUUUUCCCUAGAUCGCUCGAGGCCCAAGGAUCUGUUUGAUCCUGGUGAUGCUCUAUUAACAUCUGUGUUCUCUGGUGAGAGAAAGAAAUUUCCUGGAGAAAGGUUUAGUACUGAUGGGUGGCUUCGCAUUUUAAGAAAAACUGGUCUUCAAACUGCAACAGAAGCAGAUGUAAUACUUGAAUGCGCUAAAAGAGUAGAUUUCCUUGGAAGUGAGUGCAUGAAAUCUUCAGGGGAUUUUGAUGAUUUCGGGACCAACGUAAGUCACAGCUGCGAUAAGGUUACUAUGGAGAUAUGGACAUUAGCAGGAUCUGUUGUUGAAGCCGUGCUCUCAAACUUUGCUGUCCUUUAUGGCAACAGCUUCUGUAAUCAACUUGGCAAGAUUGCUUGUGUGCCGGCUGAACUAGGAUUUCCUAAUGUUGGUGGCAAGAAAGUGCUUGCUUCAUAUAGUGAAGCUAUUGUGUCAAAAGAUUGGCCUUUGGCUUGGAGUUCUUCUCCCAUCAUCUCUAGACAAAAUUUUGUGCCACCUGAGUACUCAUGGGGAGGGCUCCAGCUGAGGAGCCCUCCAGCCUUUUCUACUGUCCUAAAGCAUUUGCAGGUGAUUGGAAGAAAUGGAGGUGAAGACACUCUUGCUCACUGGCCAACUUCUUCAGGCAUGAUGACAGUUGAUGAAGCUUCUUGUGAAGUGUUGAAGUACCUGGAUAAGGUUUGGAGUUCCCUCUCUUCUUCAGAUAGAGAAAACUUGCAGAGAGUGGCAUUUCUGCCUGCUGCCAAUGGAACACGCUUGGUCACAGCAAACUCUCUUUUUGUGCGUCUGACAAUUAAUCUGUCACCAUUUGCGUUUGAACUUCCUACUUCGUAUCUUCCCUUUGUGAAAAUUCUCAAGGAAGUGGGACUUCAGGACAUGCUUUCAGUUGCUGCUGCAAAGAAUCUUCUAACAGAUCUCCAAAAGACUUGUGGAUAUCAGCGUUUAAACCCAAAUGAACUCCGUGCUGUGAUGGAAAUUUUGUUUUUUCUCUGUGACUCGACUGUUGAGGGAAACAUGUCUGAUUGGAAAAACUGGACAUUAGAUGCAAUAGUCCCAGAUGAUGGAUGUAGACUGGUCCAUGCAAAAUCAUGUGUAUAUAUUGAUUCUUAUGGUUCCCGAUAUGUCAAAUAUAUUGACACUUCCAGGUUAAGAUUUGUUCAUGGAGAUCUUCCUGAGAGAAUUUGUAUAGUUUUGGGCAUCAGAAAGCUAUCAGAUGUUGUAAUAGAGGAACUUGAUAAAGAAGAUGAUUUGCAUACAAUGGAAUAUAUUGGAUCCGUCUCUGUGGCAUUCAUCAGAGAGAAACUGUUGAGCAGAUCAUUUCAGGGUGCUGUAUGGACUCUUGUAAAUAGCAUAGCUAAUUACUUCCCUGCAAGAAAUACUGUACCUUUGGAAACAUUACGAACGUUACUGGAAUCUGUUGCUGAAAAGCUGCAGUUUGUUAAAAUCCUCCAAACUCAUUUUAUGCUCCUUCCAAAGUCUUUGGAUGUCACUCGUGUAGCUAAGGAUUCUAUUAUUCCAGAUUGGGAGAAUGGAUCCAAGCAUCGUACUCUUUACUUUAUGAACCGAUCAAGGACUUCUAUUUUUGUUGCUGAACCACCUACUUAUGUAUCUGUACUUGAUGUUGUUGCAAUUGUUGUAAGCGAGGUCUUAGGCUCCCCUACCCCAUUACCUAUAGGAACCCUAUUUUUAUGUCCUGAAGGCUCAGAAAGUGCAAUUCUCAAUAUUCUGAAACUUUCUUCUGACAAGAGAGACAUGGAACCCACAAGUAAUAAACUGGUAGGCAAGGAACUACUUCCUCCCGAUGCUCUUCAAGUGCAACUUCAUCCAUUAAGACCAUUUUAUAGAGGAGAGUUAGUGGCAUGGCGGUCUCAAAAUGGAGAAAAGUUGAAGUAUGGUAGAGUUCCAGAGGAUGUUAGACCAUCAGCUGGCCAAGCACUCUACAGAUUCAAGGUGGAAACUGCACCAGGGGUUGUAGAGCCUCUUCUUUCUUCACAAGUAUUCUCGUUUAAAGGCAUAUCAAUGGGAAAUGAGGCUACUUCCUCAUCAACUUUACCAGAUGAUAGUCAUACAGUAGUUGAUAAGAGGAAUGCCAAUGAUGUGCCGGAAAGUUCUGGAACAGGCAGAACAAGGUCUUCUCAGCUGCAGGGUGGCAAAGAGCUCCACCGAGUGUCACCUGCAGAACUUGUUCAAGCGGUUCAUGAGAUGCUUUCUGAAGCAGGGAUCAGCGUGGACGUGGAAAAGCAAUCUCUUUUAAAAAGAACAUUAACUCUGCAAGAACAAUUGAAAGAGUCUCAGGCCGCACUUUUGCUCGAGCAGGAAAAGGCUGAUGUGGCAGCAAAAGAAGCUGAUACAGCGAAAGCGGCAUGGCUUUGCCGGGUGUGUUUGACCAAUGAAGUUGACAUGACGAUAGUUCCAUGUGGUCAUGUACUUUGUCGCAGAUGCUCAUCCGCUGUUUCCAGGUGUCCAUUUUGUAGGCUUCAGGUUGCAAAAACUAUCAGAAUUUUCCGGCCAUAACAACUUGGCCAAUUUAAACUCUAGAUUUUUGUCAUAUAUCUAGAGUUUUACACCUUGAUUCAUAGGAAUGACCUCCAUCUCUCAUCGGCAAUCAUUUUGUGUUAGCUCCCAUAAACGAGGCGAAAGAUCAAAACUAGGAAAGACAAAUUGUUCUGAUACGUAGUUGUUUCAGUGAGAGUUGGAGUAUAGUUCUCAUUCCAAUCUCCUUGUGAAUAGUUGCUUCUUGCGCUUGUACAUAAGAAAAUGAUAAAGAGGGAAACGUAUAGUUUCACUCAGUUUCGCUGGAUGUCCUUGAAAGGAUAAUACCAUGCUUAUACACUGAAUUCGAAUCACGUGUCUUCAUUUCUUG